AUGGGUGGCGGAUACGCACCAAAGCACGGAAGCUGGCAGCAGGGAUGGGGUGGUCACAUUGCCCGCCCUGAAAAGGGAGUUGCCACCUAUACCCUCUCUCCCAACCGCCAGCGCCUGUUCCCCAACUUCUGGCACACCGCCAUCUUCAACACCUUCCGCCGAUUCCGCCAUCAAGUCCUCUACGUUGCUCCUCCAUUCAUUGUGGCCUACUCGUUGAUGGACUGGGCUGUUGAACGCAAUGAAUACUUGAACUCCAAGGCUGGCCGUGCCGAAGCCGGCGAUGAGUAA